UGUGGCGAGUAUAGUACAACAAUGCAACAUUUUCCUUACUUUAAUUUUGUUUUUUGGUUUUUAAAUUUCUUCGAGCAAAAGAAACCUCCUCUCUGUCAUCAUCUUCCCUUCUUUGGCUCCUCCUAAUAUUCUUAGACCAGUGGAUUGUCAGUCUAUUUAUAAAAAUUGUCCCUUACCCCUUGCCUAUCUGAAGCUCCUCCAAAUUCCCCAUUUCUUUUUUAUUAUUUAAAAUUUUUAAAUAUACUUAUAAGGCAGGGAGUGGAAUAGCCACGAGACAGAGAAUAGCAAAAGAGAGAAAUAGAGAGGAUGACCACCACAUCCUCCUCUGUUUUUUUCAUUACAUAUAUUCCAAUCCCACUCCUUGGAUCUUAGUUUUCAUCUUUUUUCUCAUCUGGGUCCUCCUCAAAUGGAAAUCCACUUUGUUGUUCUUCUGAUUGUUUCAUGAAGGAUCUGAUGCUCCAAGAUUGGAUUUGACGUUUCCUAAUUGUUGUUUCAAUCAGAGCACUAUCCGGGUUCUGUCUGAAUUUUGGACAAGUAGAAUUGAAUUAGGUGGUCGGAUUUGUGAUGUUUUGUUGCAGAAAAAGAUGGAACCAGAUCAUGGGAAGCUCUUCAUUGGUGGGAUUUCCUGGGACACAGAUGAGGAACGGCUCAAGGAAUAUUUCAGGAAGUAUGGAGAGGUGGUGGAGGCUGUGAUCAUGAGGGAUCGUGCAACCGGUCGUGCUCGUGGAUUCGGGUUCGUUGUCUUUGCGGAUCCUGCGGUUGCAGAAAGAGUUGUCAUGGAUAAGCACAUGAUCGAUUGCCGCACAGUGGAAGCAAAGAAGGCUGUUCCUAAGGAGGAUCAGCACAUUUUAAACAGAAUCGGGGUUGUCAAUGGUUCCCCGGGUCCUGGACGCACAAAAAAGAUUUUUGUUGGAGGUUUAGCAUCCACAGUGACCGAGAGUGACUUUAAGAAGUACUUUGAUCAAUUUGGUACAGUCACUGAUGUUGUAGUAAUGUAUGAUCACAAGACUCAAAGGCCAAGAGGCUUCGGAUUUAUCACUUAUGACUCGGAGGAGGCUGUUGACAGAGUUCUGCAUAAAACAUUUCAUGAACUCAAUGGUAAGAUGGUUGAGGUCAAGAGGGCAGUCCCUAAGGAGCUAUCCCCAGGACCCAGCAGGAGCCCUAUGAUAGGAUACAACUAUAGUCCGGGUAGAACCAAUAGUUUGCUGAACAGCUAUGCUCAGGGUUAUAAUACGAGCCCAAUCGGAGGUUUUGGCAUUAACAUGGACACCAGGUUCAAUCCAAUCUCUAGUGGUCGUAGCGGGUUGUCUCCAUUUGGCACUUCUGGAUAUGGAAUAGGUGUGAAUAUGGAGCCAGGGUUGAGCCCAACCUAUGGCGGAAAUUCCAACUUUGGCAGUAGUCUAGGAUAUGCACGGAUGUUAAGCCCCUUUUAUAGUGGCAAUUCAAACAGGUAUAGUACCCCUAUUGGGUAUAAUGCCGGUAAUGGAAGGAGCAGUCCUGUAGUAAACUCAACUACUCGGAAUGUCUGGCAAAAUAGUGGCAUCAACAACAACUCGAACCCUGCCAGUACCGGGGCCUACUUGAGCUCUGCAAAUGGAGGUUUUGAAGUUACGAUUGGAAACAAUGGUUCAAAUUGGGGCGCUAAUUCUUUUUCAACUGAAGGUAGAGGCAGUGAUUCUGGCUAUAAUAGUGCCAAUGGUUAUGGAAGUGGAGGUAGCAGCUUUGGGUUGGGAGGAGGAGGAUAUGGAAGAAACGGUGGCACUGGUAUAGCCCCAAUGCCUUCAUUUCCCGGAUCAACUGUUGGUUAUGAGGGCUUUUAUGGGGACUUGUACCAGAACGGUUCAGUUUAUGGCGACUCAACUUGGCGCUCUAGCAGUCCUGAUCCAGAUGGUUCUAGCACAUUUGGUUAUGGGCUGAGCGAUUUACCUGCAGACGUCACAACCAAAAGUUCUGGUGGCUAUAUUGGAGGUUACAACGUUACCAGUACACAACCAAAUAGAGGAGUUGCUGCUUAGGUGAUUUGUUUGGGUAUGAAGAGGUGAUAGUAGGUGAACUGAAACCAGUCAAAUGUUGAAG